AUGUCCAUACCUAUUCGACUGUUCGACGGAGACGUCAUACUCAACAUUGACAGGACCCCUAUCGCCUUCGAUGAAGCCACUCGUACUCUGUACAAUCGAGCUAUUACCAACCCCUCCUCCCUUACAGACGAAGAGCGAAGAAUAAUCACCCGCCGCCCACCGCCAGAAGAGGAGGAUUCUCUCUGUCGCGGGCGCUGUGGACAAAGCCUGUCUGAACUUGUCAAAAAGGCCAUCGAAAACGGAGACUCUUUAACCUACAAAGAAUCUGUAAUAAUAGCCGCUGGGGUCGACUCUGCCCAGAACGAGAGACUCUUACAUGAAGCGGCGCGGCUCAGUGCCGCCGAUCGCGAACUCUUGCAGAGAGCCAUGGCCGCAGCUACCACAGAGGAGAUGAAACGCGCGCAGGAGAGCGCCCGUAACAUCAUGAAAAGAUGGGGAAACAUCCAGAGCGAGGCGUCGAAAACCCUGAGCGACGAUGAUGUCCGGAAUAUUCGGUUUGCUUUACGUGUCCCAUGGCAGGAGCAUGUUCUAUCUCAAACCCAGAUGGCAAUCUGUGGGCUUCUGAUUUUCUUCCCGAGAAAUAUGCCCGAGUGGCCGUCAUUCAAGGAGCAAAUCGACACGGCUGUUUAUCAUGGAUUACAUUCUAGGCCGCAGGUUAUCAAUGAGGAGAUUAUGGCGAAAUUUACUCUUCAUUUUAGUAAUGUAUCUGAUGAUGGUGAUAAUAAUGUUGCUGCUCUUCAAUCUCGGUUUCUCUCCAUGCGUGAUGGAGGCGAGCUCCCCCAGGGCCUGCGAUUGGAUGCCUUUCUGUAUGUGGAUGAGGAGGCCAUACAAUCUCGAGAUGCAGCAAGACCAUUUGUUUGGCUUUUGGAGCCAGGUGAGACGGCAAGACCGCUCAAGGUGCAUAUUAAACACAUUGCGCCGACGUUGUUUGCUCGCCUUACGCAGCGAGAUCUUUCUCCAGCAGAAGCAAGACGUCGGCCGUAUCGACAUACAUCUGAGCUGGAGAUGCUUCACAGAGCGGCAGCUUGGUCAAAGGAUGCAAACGGGGUGGUAGAUGGGAUUUGGCCGCCUCCUGCUCGCUAUAUGUGA